CUGGAACAACGUACUCUCGCGAUACUGAGAUACAAUUAGCAGCAGCUGUGCCCAAGAGAAGCUUGUUUGUUGUUGCAGGGCAUAAAAUGUCAACGAAAGAGAAAAAUUACCACGUCAAAGGAAUGUAAAGGUGUGCUGAUGUAGAUCAGCCUUAAAGGAGACUCCACCCGGACCCACACUUGCUGCUCCUUCUCCUCCUUCAGCAUCCUGACCUGCCGUCUCCAUGACGACCCCUCCUCUAAUGCCUCCUUUCGUUGGUCAGCCUCCUCCGCCCCAACAACAGCAGCAGCAGCAGACCCAGGCUGCCAGAGAUGUCAACACUUCCUCGCUGUGUCGCAUCGGCCAGGAGACUGUCCAAGACAUCGUCCUCAGAACGAUGGAGAUCUUUCAGCUACUCAGGAACAUGCAGCUACCCAAUGGAGUGACGUAUCACCCCAACACCCAUCAGGACCGGCUGGGGAAACUUCAGGAGCAUCUACGGAUGCUUUCCGUUCUCUUUCGCAAGCUGCGACUGGUCUAUGACAAAUGCAACGAGAACUGCGCCGGGAUGGACUCCAUUCCCCCAGAGCAACUGAUACCCUUCGUGGAGGACGACGGCUCCAAACAUGAGGACCGAUCUGGCGGGCAGAGCCACCUCACCAGCGAAGAGAGGAGAGAAAUCCUGGAAGUCAACAAGAAGCUGAAGCAGAAGAACCAGCAGCUGAAGCAGAUCAUGGACCAACUGCGGAACCUCAUCUGGGAGAUCAACUCCAUGCUGGCCGUCCGCAGCUGAACACGCCGACCCGCGCUCGCUAAGGUCGGAGGCGUGCAGGUUGCUAACUGGACAGACCGCACUUUACAUGAGAAACGGGAACUCUGGCAAUAUCAGCGUGUUGGAAACCACAGAAGAAGAACGAGGGACGAAGGGUUGGACGGCAGAGACAGUUCUGUCUACCUCGAUGAUCUAUAAUCAGAUUUAUUUAAGCUAAAGAUCAAAUAUGUUUUAUGUAGCUGCAGGCUAAAUGAAAAAUCCUAGGCGUAUUUAAUCAGACUAUCCUUCCUCCAGACUGAAGUUUGAAGAUAAUUGGACUCUGAGUUGAAGGACGUGCGACUCACUGUGGCUAAACCGUACUUACAGCUAAUAACCACUUCUGGAUUCAGUGUAAUCUCACCAGUGCUUCACUAUGGCUGAGUCUGACCACUCUGUCAAAUCCUCUGCUCAACUAUAAAUCUUUUUGAGAUUUCA